CAUCGUUAUUGAUAAGCGACUAGGGUUCCUUGUGACGCUCCUUGACUAGUCUCCUAGACGUCAUCGAUCGAGCGUUUACAGGGCUCUGCUGGUUCCCCUUGCUGUACGGACGUUCCCUAUAUAUUGCGGGGGAGGAGUGAAGAGUAAAAAGUGAAAAGCUCUGCAAGCUUGAAAUUUCAGUUUUGUUUGUCGGGCCAUUCCACUUUAAUUGCAUGUAAGCUCUUUACUUUCAUUGCACGAGCGAGAUAAUUAAACGUAUUUAGUUGCUGCUAUCGCUUAAGACUAUUUUCACUGUUGCUGAAUAUUGUCGUACCGUGACGAACAGACAACCAAGUGAAAAGAAUUGUUCGUGCACGCGACGGAAGACGCAGAAAGAUGGAGCUGGCCUUGAGACUCGCUCUCGUUAUGCUGUUGCUCGUAACCUUGGCCAAGGCCUCGUACGUGGACUUGCAGGAAUUCAGGGACUUCCAGGAGUUCCGGGCGUGGAAGAGGUUGAACGGAGAGAGGAAGGACGUGCCGUAUUGGAGAAGGAGAGACGAGUUAAGGCUGCAGGAUCCGCCGCCGAUCGACGAGGUGGCCCUCAUGGCUCGAUAUAUCGUCAAUCAGGCCGAUUGGACAUCUGUAUCAACAAUUAGUUCGCGCAAAAAUACCAAAGGUUAUCCAUUUGUAAAUAUAGUUUCCUUAAGCGAUGGACCAGUUGGAAAUGGUACCGGUAUCCCGUACAUAUUUUUGACGCCCUUAGAUUUUACAGCUCAAGAUGUUUUCAAAGACAAUCGUGCCACAUUAAUGAUGACCUUGGCCCAAGGUCAUUAUUGCCAAGAAAAAAAUUAUGAUCCAAUGGAUCCUCGUUGUUCUAGAGUUGUCUUUUCAGGAAAAAUUAAAUCGGUGAGAGACGAUAAUCCUGAAUUUCAAACAGCAAAAAGCGCAAUAUUUGGACGACAUCCUUGGCUAGCUCACAUGCCAGAAGAUCAUCAUUUUUUCUUCGCCAAGUUAAAAAUUGAGACGAUCGCUGUACUGGACACGUUCGGAGGUCCGAAAUACAUUUCCUUGAACGAAUAUCUUCAUCCAAAUACAGUUGCACUUACCGAUUAUUUUAUUCGACACUCUUCGCAUGGAAGUGAAUUUAAUAAUAGGAUUUUACAGCAUCCGAUAGCCAUUAAAGUUUGAAUGCUUACGUAUAAAAUAAGUAAGAAAACCGAUAUUUCAAUAAUUCAAUUGUAUUCGUCAUUA